GUAAAAAUCCGGAAGCGUUUCUUUAUUGCAGCUCUACAAACAUUUCACUCGUGUAAUAGUGUGACUUUAAGAGGACUUUUCCGAUCUGUGGAACAUUAGGAACAACAUUUAAAGUCGGAACUACAGCUUUUACAGUUGUUCCCUGUAGCCAAAUAUCCGUGAAGUCAAACCUAGAGCUUCUUUAUAAUGUGCUAUGCUAUGCUAUGCUACAUGCUAUGCUAACUUCCAUGGUCACCAGACAUCGCAAAUAUCUCUUCAUGUAAAACAAAACCUUCUCCAAAAUCAUGGGGAACGGAAUGAACAAGGUUAUUGAUGGUCUCUAUUUAGGAAAUAUACAAGACUCAGAGAACCGGGAAAGUCUUUCUAAGCACGGUAUCACUCACAUCCUCUCUGUGUACAACAACCCUAAACCAGUACUAGAGGAUAUGACGUACCUUUGCAUCCAUGCAGCAGAUGCUUCUAAUCAAAAUUUAUUACAGCAUUUUAAAGAGUGCAUCCGCUUCAUCCACGAGUGCCGGCUUAACGGAGGAGCGUGUCUGGUUCACUGCCUAGCCGGAGUGUCGCGCAGCACCACAAUGGUGGUGGCCUACCUGAUGACCGUCACCACCUACGACUGGGAGGAGUGUUUGUCUGCGGUUAAGGCUGUGAGAUCGUUUGUGGGUCCUAACUCUGGGUUCCAGCAACAACUACAGCAGUUCCAGAGGACGCAAGUUUCAGAGUAUCGUGGAUGGCUCCGGACCAGCUACAGGCCGAGUCCGUUUAAAGAGCAAGAGCAGGUUUCGUCUUUACUCGUCCUCUACGCAGAGCAGCAGGCGCAGGAACGACAGAGACGAGAACAUCAGGACUGGAUGAACCAGGCAUCUGGAGUGUACGGUCUGCCUUACAGUCGCUGUAAUAGAUGAAAGAUCUCUGUACCGGCUAUAAAUACCAAGAGUACCAUUCUCUAAACGACUGCUGUUUAACACCUGUAGAACAACAUACCAUAAGCUUAACAGAGUUCAGCAAUAUCACUUUCACUGCCCUUAGUUAAGACUUUUAGAUUGGAUUAUGUCUGAAUUAGAAGCCCAGCCAAACCCCUGAAUGUGUCAUCACUACACUUCCAGUCAGCACAAGUGAAAAGGCUGUUGUGGAUAUUGUGAGCACACUGAAUCACUCUUUCUUAGGAAAGCUCGCUACGAUGAGGUCUACAUUCAUUACUUUUUUUUUUAAUAAUAAUAAUUCUGCUCAGAAUGCCCAGCCACUGCAGAUAAGUUGGGAUUUUAUAAUAAAACCUGAUUAGGUUAGUGGCAAGGUUUUACAUUUCAACUUAAUGGAUGGAUGGAUGGAUGGAUGGAUGGAUGUAUAAAAACUGAUUAGAAUACUGGACAAGUUUUAUCCAGUCUUAUGUCUCCAAAUUAAUUAUUGAGUAUUGUAUCUCACACACCCACAGUUUGAAUUAUUAUUAUUUUUUCUUCAUAAAACAGUCAAAUUGACCACCCGCUAGACAAAUUAUAAUCUUUUUUUUUUGUUGUUGUUUGUUUUUCUUUUCUAUUAUUUAUUAUUUACUUAGUGGUUAGCACGUUCGCCUCACACCUCCAGGGUUGGGGGUUCGAUUCCUGCCUCCGCCUUGUGUGUGUGGAGUUUGCAUGUUCUCCCCGUGCCUCGGGGGUUUCCUCCGGGUACUCCGGUUUCCUCCCCCGGUCCAAAGACAUGCAUGGUAGGUUGAUUGGCAUCUCUGGAAAAUUGUCCGUAGUGUGUGAUUGUGUGAGUGAAUGAGAGUGUGUGUGUGUGUGCCCUGCGAUGGGUUGGCACUCCGUCCAGGGUGUAUCCUGCCUUGAUGCCCGAUGACGCCUGAGAUAAGCACAGGCUCCCCGUGACCCGAGGUAGUUCGGAUAAGCGGUAGAAGAUGAAUGAAUGAAAGAUAUACUUUUCUGCUGGCCAUGCUUUAAUUAUUAUUUAUUUAUUUAUCAAUUAAAUAAAAGUGAUCAGAUUCCCCAUCCAUGUGAUUUAUUAUAUAUUUUUUUUAAAAGUUGUAUUUUUCUUUUUUAUUUCUUUUUUUUUUUUUUUUUUUAUGGGAUGGUGUCAGAUUGCACCAUCCACCACACAAGAAGCUAAAAAAUGCUAAUUUUUUGAUUGCAUUGUGUGUACACAGAUGUCGAUUCAGUGUAAAUUUAUUCAUCCAACCUAAACUCAUUGUUUUAAGCGAUGCCUAAUCGAGCUGUAGUCCACUGUAAAUGACCUAGAAUAUUCAACUGUGUAAAACUUUAUACUGUGCAAAAUCUGUUAUUAAACACUAUUCAUUAAACAAUACUACUGAUUAAGGU